AUGGGCACUAAUGCAAGAGAAGAAGAAGUUCAAAAAGCACUCGGUCAACUCCAAAUGAAAAUGAUUGAUAUUCAAAAUUCAUUACGUAAAUCUGGAACACAAAUUGAAGGAUAUAAGCGAGAAAUUCAACGUUCAAAAUUGACCGAUAGAGAAAUAAAUUCAUUAAAAGCAAAUGUGCCUAUGUAUAGUCCCGUUGGAAGAAUGUUUGUUCAAAAUACAAAAGCAGAAAUACGUGAACAAAUCGAAAAUAAAAUUAAAACAUGUGAAGAUGAUAUUAAAAAGCAAGAGAUAACUUACUGUUUACCUUCAAUAAUGGCAGAUAGCAGUAGUCAACCAGCAUCACAAAAAUUAAGAUAUGGCUUGAAGCCAAAUGAUGCCAUAUUAGCAGGAGAUGAGCAUAAAGAUUUAGUUGAACGGCUGUUACAUGAUCAUACUUAUGAUUUGGUUGCGGGUGGUUCAACACAAAACACAAUGAGAGCAGCAGUGUGGCUACUUCAGCAGCCAAAUGUCGCUACCUAUAUGGGCUGCGUUGGUCGAGAUAAAUAUGGCCAAUUAAUGCAAGAAGAAGGAUCAAAAGCUGGCCUUAUUGUAUCGUAUGAAGUUAAUCCAGAUCAUUCAACAGGAACAUGUGCUGUAUUAAUAACAGAGAAUAAUAGAUCAUUAGUUGCAAAUCUGGCUGCAGCGAAUCAUUUUACAAUGUCACAUUUGGAUAAAGUUGAAAAUUGGGCAUAUGUUGAAAAAGCAAAAAUUAUUUACACAGCUGUAAGAUUAUUUGAAGCGAGAUCUUUUGCCAAAGCACAAUUGAAACUUGAUACAGAAGAUAUUCCUACAAUAGCCAAAGCUUUAAGUGAAUUGUCAAAAAAGAAUAGCACACGUCCGAGAGUUGUUGUUAUUACUCAAGGUUCAGAUCCAACAAUCAUGGCGAUAAAAUCUGAAGUCCGAAGUUUUGAAGUAAAAACAGCGCCGAAAAUAGUUGAUACCAAUGGAGCUGGCGAUUCAUUUGUUGGAGGUUUUCUUGCUUAUUUAGCAUUGAAUAAAAAUCAUGAUGAAUGUGUUCAAGCUGGUACAUAUGUUGCUUACGAAUACAUGGACAAUGUUGUGUUAAAUUCGACAAAUUCAACGUCUUCGACAAGUCAGACCACGUCAACUCCUACAACAACUACCGUUUCUUCUUCAUCAUCGUCUCGUCCUACUCAUUCUUCAAAACGUACAUUUUCUGAAUCGGAUAGCUCUAGUCGUACCGAGCGUCAUCUCUAUUCAUUUUCACAUAUGUGGAUUAUCAAUUAUUUAUCAUCGUAUAUCGACGAUUCGGGCUCACCGAAUUGUUUACAGUCAGAACAAUUUUCACCUAUUGGCACGCCAUAUUCAAAUACAAACUGGAGUUUAAAAUUGUAUCCAAGAGGUGUUAACGAUAAACAGCAUAAUUAUAUUGCUAUAUUUUUGAAAUACGUCAGUGGCACAACGACAAACAUCAAAGCAAAAGCAGAAUUUAAUUUAAUUAGUCGACAAAAUGAAUUAGUCAUGUUACGAUCAACAAAUUUUCAUAUGUUCAAUUCUGGAUCAGAUUGGGGUUAUUCAGAGUUUUUAGACUCAACAUAUCUAAAUUCUCGUCGUUCUGAUUUACUCAAUGAUGAUCGUUUACGAGUGUAUGUUCGAGUUAUUAUUGUUGAUGAAAAAGAGCAUAAUUUGAAUAAUGAUUUAUUGCUUCAACAACAACAGUUAGCCACUCAAUCGAAGAUCAGUGCAUCAUGUAGUUCUUCAUCUUCAACUGCCUCUUCUUCGUCGUCAGUUGCCGCUCAACAACUACCACCAAUAUCGACAGCUUCCUCUCUACCCGUUACACAUCAUUAUUAUCAAGGUCUAUUCUCAGAUGACAAAGAACGAUUAAAAUCAAUCGAAUUAUUAUCAAAACAAAUUAAAACACUGUUUGAUGAACAAAAAUUUACAGAUGUCAAUAUACAUGUCAUACCAAAACAGCAACAACAACAGAAAGAACAAACCUGUUCAUCUUGGAGUUGUUGUUCAUGUUGUGAACAACAACAAGAACAGGAUACACAAGUACUCAAUAAAGAUCAUCAUCACGAUCAAACAGACGAUCUAUCUUCUCGUUCAAAUUCAAUCGUUCCAACAACAACAAGACGUGCUACGCGAUCUACAUCUCGUAUAGCUCAAAGUUCAUCUGAUUCUACAUCUUGUUCAACUUCGUCAUCCAAUUGUGGAGAAGAAUCAUCAACUCUUUCAUUUAAACCUACAAAACGUUCAACAGUAUGUCUUUGUUUUUGCCAUCAUCAUACGCACGUGGAAUCUCGUCGUUAUAAAGAUGAUAUUCACGUUGAUGAAACGUCGUCGUCAUCAACUGAAUCAUCAUUAGACAGUUAUUAUGCUGUCGUACGUCCAUUAGCCACAUAUCAUGCUCAUAAAGCCAUAUUAAUGGCGCGUUCAUCGGCAUUUGCUCAACAAAUUAGUCAUGCUCAACAAAAACAACAGAGAACAACAACAACAACAAAGUUGAAUCACAUUGAGUUUAAUGGAAAUGAAUGCAAUACACCAUUAGAUAUCUACAUUGAUGGAUUAAAACCAUCCACAGUUUACGGUAUGUUAACGUAUAUGUACGCUGGUCGAAUUGAUACAAAAUCUCUAACUACUGGUGCUCAAGAUGAUCAGAGUAUUAAUCCCAUUGAUCUAUACCGCGCUUCAGUAAUCUAUGAUUUGCACGAAUUACGUGAUAUAUCCAAAUAUCAAAUGUUAGAAGUACUAAAAUCGGAUACAGCUGUUGAAAUGUUAGAAGUGGCUGACGAAGCAAAUGAUUAUGAAUUGAAACAACAAGUUUUAUCUUAUAUUCGAUCAAACGCCGCUGCAGUUUCAAAGACCGAUGGAUGGCUGAAUUUUUCUAAAAAGAAUCCACAUUUACUGAUUGAUGCAUUUCGAUCGCUAGUCAUACCGCCAAACAACUCACAGUCAACAGAAACAACUAAAUGUCAUCAUAGAUCAAAUCUCAAAUGUUUAAAACAAGAUUAA